AUGGCUUCGUUUUUCUUGAAACCUUCAAGCAACAGUUUGGUCUCACCUCUUAUAAUGGAAAAUAAUGAUAAGCCUAUAGCUACUACCACUGACAAUAAUUUUGUAAACCCAAUUAUUUUACCAGUCAUUAAUCUUUCUCACCAACCAGAAGUUUUGGUAUUUAAUGUUGAUGAUAUAAAGACUCUACGCAAUGAUUACAAUAUACUUGGUGUGUUGAUGGGGACAUUGCAACAUUAUCCACAACAAAAUAUAUUUCUUUCUGUUCCCCUUAAGUUAAUAAUUUGGGAAGUGAUCUGGUUACUUCAGUACAAUAAAGCUAUUUUAGUUGAUGAAUUAACAUAUCGUGAAGCAAAGCUUAAAUUAUUAAAGGGAAAUAUCAAAAAUAACAACUAUCAAGGUAAUUUGAUAACAACGCCUAAUUCAGAUAAUGAUUAUAAUUUAGAGUUAGCCAAACAUCAUCAAUUGAGGAUUCACAAUUACAUCACCAAUUAUUUACAGGAUUCGUCAAUGCUGAUUAACAAAUUUAUCACCUACUAUAAGUAUUACAGUUAUUUACAAAACAAAGGUUACUUUAUUAACCCUGGAAUAAAAUUUGGUGGUGACUUGGUUAUUUAUCCAGGAGAUCCUUUACGUUAUCAUUCCUAUUCGAUUGUUAGAUUCGAGUUUUUUGACAUUCAUGACAUUGUUGUGGGUGGAAGAUUGGCUACUAGUGUUAAGAAGAAUUUGGUUAUAAUGGGCUAUGAUAAAGAAACGGAUAAGGUACAUCAGGAACUAAACGAUGAAGCUUUAUGUGAUCUAUUUGAUGAGUCUGUGCCGUUGACUUUUUCUAUAGAAUGGGCUGGUUUUGGUUAA